AUGACGGGCGACCUGGACCGUUGGCUGGGUUCCGUCGGAAAGCUCCUUGGCAUGGGUGACCGAAAGAAGGGCCUGGGCGAUUUUGCCCUCGACUUGCUGUUGGUAGCUGGUAUGAUGGCAACCGGCGUAUACCUCGCAAGAAACUUCCUUUCUUCCCUCACGAAUACUCUGGCCGAUCCUGAUCGAGAAAAACAUGAGCAAGCGCGGUUGCAGGCCAAGGCUCACCUAGAACGCUUGCGCAAAGGCAAGAAUGCCGGCAAACCUGGCGAAGAUCCGUCAGAUGACAGCAGCGUUUCCCGUCGCGGACCAAAGCCGGAAGAAUUGCUGUUGAAUGAAUAUGAAAACCUCAUAGCACUUGAGAUGGUGGCGCCGGAGGAUAUUUCAAUUGGUUUCGCGGACAUUGGUGGCCUGGAAGAUAUCAUCGACGAACUCAAGGAGUCUGUCAUCUACCCACUGACUAUGCCGCACUUGUAUUCUCACGCGGCGCCGCUGCUUUCUGCGCCGUCUGGCGUGCUACUAUAUGGUCCUCCGGGAUGCGGCAAAACCAUGCUGGCCAAGGCGGUCGCUCACGAGAGUGGUGCUUCCUUUAUCAACCUCCAUAUUUCAACAGUGACGGAAAAGUGGUAUGGUGACUCCAACAAACUGGUUCGGGCUGUGUUCUCGUUGGCUCGUAAGAUGCAACCUGCCAUCAUUUUUAUUGACGAAAUCGACGCGGUCCUGGGUACAAGACGGAGCGGCGAGCACGAGGCCAGCGGAAUGGUCAAGGCCGAGUUCAUGACCCUGUGGGAUGGGUUGACGUCGUCAAAUUCCUCGGGCAUGCCAGCGAGGAUUGUUGUUCUCGGUGCGACAAAUAGGAUACAUGACAUCGAUGAGGCUAUUCUCAGGCGAAUGCCCAAGAAGUUCCCGGUUUCUCUUCCUGGCAAAGAGCAGAGACGACGGAUCCUGCAACUCAUUCUGAAGGACACCAAGACAGACCCGGAGUUCAGUGUGGAGUACAUUACUAAAGUCACAGCUGGCAUGUCGGGCAGCGAUAUCAAGGAGGCAUGUCGUGACGCCGCUAUGGCACCGGUCCGUGAAUAUAUGCGAGAGCAUCGGGCGAGCGGUAACUCCAUGUCUAGCAUCACGCCGGAACACUUCAGGGGCAUCCGGACAGAAGAUUUCUUUGGUCGCAAGGGUGGAGGUCAGAUUUUGAUGGAGAACCACGCGAAACACUCGAAGACAUCGAGGUCAUCGGCAGACGAGUACGAAGACAUUGUCGAAGAAUUGGGGUAG